GUGACUUUAAUUUUGACAUUUGAGAUAACCGGAAGUUAGUACUGCUGUUUGCUUUGCGUAUUACCGGAAGACAGCUUGUUUUUGUGGAUCUCGGUGCAAUUAUGUCCCAUACUAUUCUGCUUGUUCAGCCCGCAAAGAGACCAGAAGGACGGACAUAUGCUGAUUAUGAAUCUGUUAAUGAGUGCAUGGAAGGAGUGUGUAAAAUGUUUGAGGAGCACUUAAAAAGAAUGAAUCCUAACAGUCCAUCGAUCACAUAUGAUAUUAGUCAGCUGUUUGAUUUCAUCGAUGACCUGGCAGACCUCAGCUGCUUGGUAUACCGGACAGACACACAGACGUAUCAACCCAACAACAAAGACUGGAUCAAAGAGAAAAUGUAUAUAUUGCUGCGCCGCCAAGCUCAGCAGGCUGGGAAAUAAAAUGCCUCAAAAUUGAGAUCAGAAAUUUUUCAGGAAAUUGGCAGGGAACAAUUUGUAAGGACUUAUGGGAUAAUGGCUAGAUAAUUAGAUUCAAUUCCAGACCUGGGUGACCACUAUUAGUUUAUUAAGGUAACAGGAAGAAAAUAAUUACUGGAGUUUAGUGCCAACCAAAACUAAUGCAAUAAUUUUAAUAUGUGGGUGAAGUGGUCGGAUUAGGCUCAACAGGCCAGUAGAUAUAUUGACUAAACUCUGUAUUUUUAUGUUUACUAUUUUAUUUGAAAUCAUGUUUCCUUCUUGUCUCUACAGACUUUCCUCCUCCAUAAUAAAAUAGCUUUAUUUAAAA